AUACUGUCAUGAUUUACAUCAGGCUGAAUGUUGUUAAACAGUUGACAGUAGCCAUAGACUUCCAUAGUGUAAAAAAAGAUCACAGUAGAAUGUUCUACAAAUGAAACAUAUCAUCUGCCAGCAGGUGGCAGCACAUCAACUCCAGCGCGUGUUGUCGAGCUUGUUUCCAUGCGACUGUAAACAAUGAACCGAAGGGGCUUGUCCUUUUCCUCUAACAAAUGUAAGGCUGCUCCUCGUUUCUGUCUGUCGUUACCUAUAGUAAGUAAUGGCCUAUUCACAGCCCCCCAAGAAGGCUGGUCUACCACGAGAGGUUUUGAAAUGGCUGCAAAGUCUUGAUUUAUCGUUUUUCCCAAAAAACGUCCGCAGAGACCUUUCCAAUGGAUACCUAGUGGCCGAAAUAUUUUCCUGGUACUUCCCAAGGGAUUUUCAUAUGCACUCCUAUGAUAAUGGAGCUUCACUGGCUACCAAACAAUCCAACUGGUCCCAGAUUGAGAGAUUUUUUGAGAAGCAAAACAUCAGUCUGUUGAAAGAGGUCAUAGAUGGCACAAUCCACUGUAAACCUGGAGCUGCAGAGCUUCUCGUGCAAGACAUCUACACCUUCCUGACCAACAGAAGGAUCCAAACCAUCCAGAGGGUGGAGCAAGACUUCACAGAUAAGGCUUAUCAAGACCAGUUGCCUAUGGUGGCUCGAGCCACAGCCUCAGUGGCCAUAAAGAGCAACUUGAGUCUCAGUGAGGUUAUAGCUGAACCAAACAUCAUCACCAACCAGCGCAAGGUUCUUGCAAUCAUACACAGACAGAUAGAACAGAGAAAAGAGGAGAGAACACAAGACCCAAAACGAUUCAAUGUUAAGCCCACUCUUGGAGAACAGGCUGUCAGAUUGCCUCCACUAGCGUACCAGAGCGACCCAAACCUGCAGAUGAACACCAGUCAAGCAGCUUGUUAAGUUCCUGGCUCUACAUUGACAACAAGAAGAUGAGACAUAUGUGCUGUGGCAUCAUCUGACAUCAGAAGCAAAUGCACUGCGGAUAUUGGAGGCAAAUUAUGAGACUAUUUAAGGUAGAUGUCUAACAAAGGCCUUCAAAGCAAACUUCAAAAUGUGGCUCUAAAAACCAACCAUAAAAAAUAAAAAAUAAAAACCAGUUUAACAAGCAUACACAUCAGUGUGCAAGCUGCUUUUGUUGUCCAUGUUUAAGUAGAACAAAAAUCCACGUUUAUUACCUUCUAAAGGCUUGUAGUUCUGAUUGGCACUGGAUUUGAAUUCUCUACACACCAUACAGGUCAACAAACCUAUUAUAAUAUAAUGCAUGUUUCCAUCUCUUGUGAUAUUCAAAUCACAUGUUCAAAGUGUAAACAAUUAAUCAUUUUCAGAAGAACUGCUUCUUAUAGUUCAACCAAUAAUUGAUAGAUGGAUAUAUCUAUAUACCGGUAAUCAUUUUAAUUCUGCUCUCAUACAUAGUUCUUAUUAAUUUUGUGAUGAUAUUUGAAUCAGUUAAGUUACUAAAAAUCAUUUUUCACCUUCUUGUGAUUUGAUGUUUCUAUGGCUCUUUAUGGGACAGCUUGGGGUUUUUCUGGAUGUAUAAAAAGAGCAGUCUGGACAUUUUCCUAAAAAUCUCCUUUUGAGUGCUAUGGAAAUUAAAUAAAACCAAAAAUAAAAUCAUCUGAGCUUACAAAACCCCAGUAGCUCUUAGGCCUUCUACAGCCUGUUGUUGGAUCUCUGUUAUCUCUGUAGUUUAGUUGAAAGGCACAGCAUGUACUCUUCUCCGCUCCAUCUAAGACCCUCUGCAAAUUAGAUAUUCAUUUAGCAAACUCACUGUGAGACAGGCAGGAUUUAGGCAAGUUGCCCAGGUCCUUGUUUACCCCCUCUGCCUCUUUUACUCUGUUUCUCUCCCCUUGUACACACACAAACACACAGUAUCACACACACAGUCCCUUUCAGUCUCACACACAGACAAACACUCUCACACGCUCAGCAUCACUGUCAAACAUAAAGAGUGUAUCUGCUGUGUUACCAUGCAUCUUCCAGACUCAAUUCAUAGCAUAAGGUUGCCAUGGAUAUCUAAAGCAAGCAUACUGCUUUUCAUCAACGUGCCUAGAAAAUAACUUUUUAGACCACCUCGUCUUUCUCACGCUCCCUGUGUGUUUCUCACCCUCCUCCUUAUUACAUGCUCAUGCUGUUUUCCAUCUGAAAUGGACAUUUAAAAAAACAAAUAAUAGGGUUUGUGUGGAUGGAAUAAAAUGCCACGAGGUGUGAAUGGUAUGACCCUGAAUGCAGUCAUUUAGACAUUAGCACAGCUGAGAUGUUACUGAAAUCAGUGUCCUACUCUCAUUGAUUUGACAUCAAAUUAUUAUUUUUUUUUUUCUGAGAAUCCUCAAAGGAACA